CGAGAGAACACUCAUCAAAAUCUCUUCACCGUCUUGCUCUGCUGCUGGAAUACUUCCAGCGCGGGCUAGACAGACCCAGCGAAAGCAGAAAGCAACUUGCUUUGUACAUCGAAGAGCUGCGCACCCACAAUCUUCCCAGCAGUGCAGCUUGUGGAAUGUGUUUUUCCGGGGAGUUGUAUGUUUUCUGUUUUUUGGUGCUGUAGUGAGCGAUGGGCAGAGUCUUUCUUGGCUUGCCAGGACCAUGGGCCGAUGACAAUCGCGAAGCAUCUGACCAUUAUACGGCGAAAAUCGGUGGAUUACCUGACUGGCCUUCUCCAUUGAUGGCCUGGGGAUUAGAUUAUCUCAAGUGCAGCAUAUGUGGAAAUAAACUUUGUCUCGUCGGACAGGUUCCUGCUCCUAUAACCAGUGGAAAGUUGAUAGUCGAAGACCGUGUGCUUUACAUCUUCGGUUGCAUAGCUCCGAAAUGUGGGAGCAGUCCCUUGAGCUGGCGAGCAAUUCGUAUUCAGAGAUCUUGUGAAGACGAACAAUCAAACUCCACUUGUUGCGAUGCGGUAAUGGCUGCCUCAGGCUCUGUUUCAGCCGGGGAACAUGACUGGUGGAAUGAUUUGGAUGAGAAUGAUGAAGACGUGGAUUUAGAGGACCUAGGAAGGGCACUUGCAGAAGCUGCAACUGUUACUUCCAACUCGAAGAAACCAAAUAGGCAUGAGAAUUCUGAGAAAGUAGCGAAAUGGUCACCUUCAAGGUCAAUAUCAAGACAAGCAGAUGAUUCUAUACCUGUGAUGCCUUGCUUUUAUAUUUAUACCUUGGAAGAGCCUUAUUCGAAGGAUGUCACAUCUGUUUGUUUGAACUGUUCGUCUCUUUCCAUCAAUGUCGACAAUCAUGUACAGGAAGAAGUAUUGGAUGAGGAACACUACGAGUAUGAUAGAGCUGUAAUGGCUGACCGGACUUACUUAAAGUUUAAGAAACGGUUGGAUGCUAAUCCGGAACAGUGUUUCAGAUAUUCAAAUGGAGGGAAGCCACUGUUGGCUAGUAAAGAGAUAGGAGAUCCUGGGAGAUGCAAGCUCUGUGGUGGUCCAAGACAACUUGAGAUGCAGCUUAUGCCGCCGUUGUUUUAUUUUCUGCAUGAAGCUGCUGAUGAUUCUCAGAAAGAUGCACUGGAGAAUUGGAACUGGAUGACAGCAAUUAUAUAUACUUGUUCCGAGAGCUGUUAUGACUCGCAAAACGCAGAGUUCAGAAGUGGGGACUGGAUUGUUGCUGAGGAAGCUGUGUUAGUACAAUGUGAGAAAUCAUUGGAACAAGCUCUACUUGAUUAUAUAUCUCAUUACACGGCCUCACCAACACAUGGCCCCUAUUCUCGUGGAGUAAAAUCUGGGUGUCCAGAUCAGAUACAUUGAUUUUUGCAACAGUAAUGCAUUUAAAUACUGAUUGGGUAAGUUCUGGGAUCUCUCUGAUAUGGUGCUUUUGAUAAAGUGAAUCGAAAGAUUUGACUGAAGAGAAGGUGGUGGGUACCCUAGAUAUUCUCAGAAGGAGAUGAAUUGAGACAUAUAUGCGAAAUGCACUUGAUAUUACCACAAUGCGCAAGAAAGCUCUCUGAAAAGGAAACUCUUUUGCUCAUGUUUGGGUGCACAAUUAUCUUUUUGAGAGCUUAUUUUUGACUGAUCCUGUUAUAAACUUUGCGAGGAGACAUCAAAGUGUGCCACAAGCAUAUACAA